CCGGCUUCUAAUGUACUUUGUUACCGGUUGCGCGCAUGCGUGUCUGCGCGCCGGCGAAGUGACAGCAGUGUGCACGGUAUAUUCUAGGCACUAUAGUAACGUUGUUUGUCAAGUUUAGUUAGUUGUUUUGUCCCCUUGCUACCCGAUGAACGUGUCGACGUUCGUACGCACUGUGCAUUUAGACUCUACUGAUGUCGAGCUUGCCAUACACCAGUGGACGGAAGGAGACGUGGGCUGCGUUGUGUGGGACGGCGCGCUCGUGUUGGGUAAAUACAUCGACCACAAGAACUGUCUCGGUGAAUGGGAUGCAAAGAAAAGCGUUUUGGAACUUGGUUCAGGAACAGGCAUUGUAGGCAUUGUUACCGGCAGCUUUGGGAACGAUGUCUUGCUGACCGACCUACCGCAGUUCGUGCCUCUGUUGGAGAAGAACCUCGAAGAAAACCGCGACCGCCUCAGAGGAAAGACAGCAGUGCGGACGCUGGAGUGGGGUGCGCCACCUGCUCCCGACAUGAUCGCUCCUGACGUCAUGCUGAUAAGCGAAUGCGUCUACUACGAAAAGGCUGUGGAGCCGCUGCUCAAGACCAUGACGGAGCUGUGCGGCCCGAACACGGAGAUGCUUGUGUCGUACGAGGACCGGGACAACGAAGCGAACUCGGCGGCGGUCGGUCGCUUCUUGCGGGGUUGUCGGCAACACUUCCUUAUUGAAGAGGUGCCCAGCAAGGAGCAGCACCCGGACUUUUUUAGUCACGACAUUCACAUACUAAAGCUGAGACCCAUCAAGCAGUGAAGACAAUACAAAUAAAGGCGAUCUAUUGCCAAUUUUGUGCAUCAUGGGUAA